AUUGGGGAUUUUUUUUGGCUUUCAUCUUCAGAAUUUCGUCCCCAUCCACUCUCCGUCCCCCUUGUACCCCGUCGUCCUCCACCGCCGCAGCCCCUUCCAACCGCCGAAGCUCGCUCCUUUUUACCGAGCUCGAAGUAUCCGUGCUUCCUUUUAUUUCACCUGUUUCUCUGCCAUCUUCUACCUCGCGGCUUACGAAUCUGCCUGCGCUGACUCGUUCUCUACUUGGAAAUUCCGCCGCCCAAACCAACAGAACAGCACUCUGGCUCUCUUUCACUUGGCUCACUCAAUCUUCAUUCACAGAAGUUCCAGUGAUGCAUCGCGUUGGCAGCUCAGGAAACACAUCCAAUUCAGUUCGUACUCGCAAGGAAAAGAGGUUAACAUAUGUAUUAAAUGAUGCAGAUGAUACAAAGCACUGUGCAGGCAUAAACUGCUUGGCUUUAUCAAAAUCUACAGAACAAGAAGGUAAUGAGUAUCUCUUCACUGGUAGUCGUGAUGGAACAUUGAAGAGAUGGGCAUUAUCAGAAGAUUCUGCUACUUUCUCUGCUACAUUUGAGUCUCACGUUGAUUGGGUCAAUGAUGCAGUUCUGACAGGUGGUAACACGUUGGUCUCUUGCUCCUCUGAUAGUACUGUUAAGGUAUGGAAUUGCUUGUCUGAUGGAAUAUGCGCGAGGACAUUUCACCAACACUCUGACUAUGUCACUUGCUUGGCAGCAGCAGAAAAAAAUAGCAAUGUCUUUGCCUCUGGAGGCCUUGGUGGCGAGGUUUUUAUAUGGGAUCUGGAAGCUUCACUAAAUCCCGUUUCCAAAUCAAAUGAUGCAAAUGCAGAUGAUUGUUCAACUAGUACUAAUGGUUUGGGAUCUUUGCCGAGUACUAGUCUUCGUCCUAUCAACUCAAGUAAUAACAUUUCUGUGCACGCCACUCAAUCUCAAGGCUAUGUUCCCAUUGCUGCAAAAGGCCAUAAAGAGUCAGUUUAUGCAUUGGCAACAAAUGACCGGGGAACACUUCUUGUAUCUGGUGGAACUGAGAAGGUUGUGCGUGUUUGGGACCCGAGGACAGGUUCUAAAACCAUGAAGCUAAGAGGACAUACAGAUAACAUAAGGGCGCUUUUAUUGGAUUCUACAGGCAGGUAUUGCUUAUCCGGCUCCUCUGAUUCUAUGAUCAGGUUGUGGGAUCUUGCUCAACAGCGAUGCAUUCAUUCCUAUGCUGUGCACACAGACUCUGUCUGGGCAUUAGCAGCUACUCCAUCAUUCAGUCAUGUUUAUAGUGGUGGGAGGGACCUUUCUUUGUAUUUAACUGAUUUGGCAACAAGAGAAAGCAUAUUAGUAUGUUCAAAAGAACAUCCUAUAUUGCAAUUGGAACUGCACGGUGAUGGUAUAUGGGUUUCCACAACGGAUUCAUCUGUACAUAGAUGGCCUGCAGAAGCGCAUAAUCCCCUUAAAGUAUUCCAAAGAGGUGGCUCAUUUUUAGCUGGCAACUUGUCAUUUUCAAGGGCAAGGGUUUCACUGGAAGGUUCUACACCUGUUCCUGUUUAUAGGGAACCGUCUCUCACCAUUUGUGGAACUUCGGCUAUAGUGCAACAUGAGAUUUUAAAUAAUAAAAGACAUGUCUUGACAAAGGACACUGGUGGUACAGUAAAGUUGUGGGAAAUCACAAGAGGUUUGGUCACAGAAAAUUACGGAGAGGUUUCAUUUGAAAAGAAGAAAGAGGAAUUGUUUGAGAUGGUGAAUGUUCCAACAUGGUUCACAGUAGAUACAAGGCUUGGGAGUCUGUCUGUGCACUUAGACACACCGCAAUGUUUUUCUGCUGAGAUGUACUCUGCAGAUCUAGGGAUUGCUGGGAAACCGGAGGAUGACAAGGUCAAUUUGGCUAGAGAAACCCUCAAAGGGCUUUUGGCACAUUGGUUGAGUAAAAGAAGGCAGAGAUUUGGAUCUCAAGCGUCAGCUAACGGAGAAAUUCCCACAGGAAAGGAAAUGUCUACAAAAACUUUAACUCUAACCCGAAUAGAAGGAGAUGGGAAUUCAGAGAAUGACUCUGCUGUAUAUCCACCCUUCGAAUUUUUAGCAGCUUCCCCUCCUUCCAUUGUUACUGAAGGCUCUCAUGGGGGGCCCUGGAGAAAAAAAAUUACUGACUUAGAUGGAACUGAAGAUGAGAAAGACUUGCCUUGGUGGGUUCUUGAUUGUGUGCUAAAUAAUCGCCUUCCUCCAAGGGAAAAUACCAAAUGUAGCUUCUAUCUGCAUCCAUGUGAAGGUUCCAAUGUUCAAGUCCUCACACAAGGGAAACUAAGUGCUCCUCGCAUUUUGAGAAUACACAAGGUUGUCAACUAUGUGGUAGAAAAGAUGCUUCUUGACAAGCCAAUGGAUAAUCUGAAUGCUGAUGGAACUUUUGUUCCGAAUGCACCUGGAGGCCAGAUUCCACAUCCAGUUGUAGGAGAUGGUUCACUACGAUCUGGGCUGAAACCUUGGCAAAAACUUAGGCCUUCUAUUGAGAUUCUUUGCAAUAACCAGGUUUUACCUCCAGACAUGAGCUUGGCCACUGUUCGGGCUUACAUAUGGAAGAAAUCUGAAGACGUUAUCCUUAACUACAGAAUUGUGCAGGGAAGGUGAUGAAUUGAUUUCGCAGGAUAGGUUACAAGCUGCCAAAUGCCAAUACUGCCAUGACAUACUCCAAUCGAAAAUAAUUGAGUGAAUGAAAAGAGGUACUAUAUCAUAACUAACUAUUGGAAAUUUGGAAUCUCAAAAUUCUAACUGAUAUUCCAACAGAAAUUCAAAAGUCAAGAACUGUUGGAAUAAUCCAACAUUGUUUAUUCCAAUUGAGAUGUUCCUAUGUUCCUAUCCAAAUAUUAUGAUUGAUUCCUUGAUGGUCCAUUAAGUUAAUCUUAGGGGUUUACCAUAAGAAUAUGAUGCUUUUGGAAUUCUAGAAAUCCCAUCCGCGAAUUCAUUUCUGUUGUAACUUCCUUGAAGUUUUAUUAACUUUUUUUAGCAUUGGAACAUGUUUUUAACAGACGAUGAUUUUUUCAUCCAUUUGUAAUUUCUUCUUUUCGAUUUUAUAAUGAAAGUUUUUUUUUUCUUGA